GCACUUCCGGCGGGAGGAUCUCGGCGGGAGGAUCUCGGCAGGAGCACCCGCGGCCGAGCCUCCGACCUGGGGGCCCCCGAGCCCUGCGAACAGUUAACCAUGGCGAGGCGUGGCCUGGGCCACCAGCCCCUUGGGUGAGGACUCUGCCUGAGGCCCUGCUGACCGCCCUGAAUGAUGGAGGUGAAGAGAACUCUAAUCAGGUGACAUUCUUGUUGAAAGUCCUUCUUGGUGAAGUCGUGGCCCCGACCGAGCGGCUCUUCCUGCAGCCUGUGUUCGGGAGAGGUGCCGGCCCCCACCCACCCGGCUAGGGAGUUGCCACUUCCACGGAUGGGGAGGUGGGCCCUCGACGUGGCCUUUGUGUGGAAGGCGGUGUUGACUCUGGGGCUGGUCCUUCUCUACUACUGCUUCUCCAUCGGCAUCACUUUCUACAACAAAUGGCUGACCAAGAGCUUCCACUUCCCCCUCUUCAUGACGAUGCUGCACCUGGCUGUGAUCUUCCUGUUCUCCGCCCUGUCCCGGGCACUGGUUCAGUGCUCCAGCCACAGGGCCCGCGUGGUGCUGAGCUGGACCGACUACCUCAAGAGAGUGGCUCCGACAGCACUGGCAACGGCACUUGACGUGGGCUUGUCCAACUGGAGCUUCCUCUACAUCACCGUCUCACUGUACACAAUGACCAAAUCCUCAGCCGUCCUCUUCAUCUUGAUCUUCUCUCUGAUCUUCAAGCUGGAGGAGCUGCGUGCGGCGCUGGUCCUGGUGGUCAUCCUCAUCGCCGGGGGCCUCUUCAUGUUCACCUACAAGUCCACGCAGUUCAACAUGGAGGGCUUUGCCUUGGUGCUGGGGGCCUCAUUCAUCGGCGGCAUUCGCUGGACCCUCACCCAGAUACUCCUGCAGAAGGCGGAACUUGGGCUCCAGAACCCCAUUGACACCAUGUUCCACCUGCAGCCGCUCAUGUUUCUCGGGCUCUUCCCUCUCUUUGCCAUAUUUGAAGGUCUCCAUUUGUCCACAUCUGAGAAAAUCUUCCGUUUCCAGGACACGGGGCUGCUCCUGUGGGUGCUUGGGAGCCUCUUCCUUGGCGGGAUUCUUGCCUUUGGUUUGGGUUUCUCCGAGUUCCUCCUGGUUUCCAGAACCUCCAGCCUCACUCUCUCCAUUGCAGGCAUUUUUAAGGAAGUCUGCACUUUGCUGUUGGCAGCUCAUCUGCUGGGUGAUCAGAUCAGCCUCCUGAACUGGCUGGGCUUUGCCCUCUGCCUCUCGGGAAUAUCCCUGCAUGUGGCCCUCAAGGCCCUGCCCUCCAGAGGGGAUGGCGGCCCCAAACCCUCCAAGGGGCUGGGUUCCAACCCUGACCUCGAGCUGCUGCUUCGGAGCAGCCAGCCAGAAGAAGAUGGCAACGAGGAGGCGGAGGAGGAAGAGUACUUUGUGGCCCAGGGAUAGCAGCGGCCUGCAGGGUGCAGCUUGGAAGCAGGCCUCGCCCAACCUUCGCACCAAACUGCGGCGGCUCGGGGACCCGGUGGCCCCUCACAGCAGCUGGGAGCGGCCAGGAGUGUCCCGGGCUGGGCCUCCAUAGCACACGGCCACGUGGUGGGGCUGGUCAGGGAGCUGGUCGGACAGGGUGGAGCACCAGGCCAGCCUCAGGCCUGGCCGGAGCAGGGCCCAAGCUGUGCUGGAGUCGCUGCAGAGGAAGGGAGGGCUUUUUCUCCGCAGGCUGCCAGGAUCGCGAUUCCAGGGGCGUUUGCGGAGACUCAUUUGGACUGCAGAGCAGCUGGGAAGGGGAGAUGGAGCGGCUGGGGACUUCUCACCUGGACAGCCGUUCCUCAGAGAGCAGACCUAUUUAUAGUUUGGAAAUAAAGGGUUUACAGCCUUCUGGCUGCAUGGUGUUGCUCAGAGGGGUGGGGGCAGGGAGGGGCAGUCCAGGCCUGGCCUUUGCAGCUUCUCUGCCCAGAGCCUCCUGUGGGCAACUGGCCACGCCUCAGGCCCCCCAUCACUUGGGCUCCUGAUGGAGCCCGGGACCCUCUGGUGGCCCGAUCACACCUGCAUGCGGGAAACAACGAUGUGCACUGAGCACCGUAUGCUGGGACCUUCACGCUUUCACAGCCUGGAUUCGAAUCCUGACUGUGUCACUGGCUGUGUGACCUUAACCAAUUACUUAACUGCUCUGUACCACGCUUUUCUCACCUGUGAGAUGGGGAGAAUAAUUGAGAGUUGUCUGGAGGUUGGAAA